AUGGCUAUGGAGAGCUUUACUGAGCUGCUCCAUAAGCUAAAAGAUGUCCAUGAGCACGAGCUGGAAGGAUUGCAUCAGAAGGUGCUGGAACUAACCAAUAAGAAAAACUGUGAUGCAAAGAGACUGGAGGAGCUGUACAACAGGAACCAGCAAUUGCGAGAGCAACACAAAAUGCUGACAGAGAACAUUAAACAGCUGGAGAACAUGUUACGAGCAGGGCUGUGUGAUAGGUGUACGGUCACUCAGGAGAUGGCUAAGAAGAGGCAGCAGGACUAUGAAAGCUCCCAUCUACAGAGUCUGCAGCACAUUUCCAUACUAAUGGGAGAGAUCAGUGCAUUAAUGAAAGAAAAUGAAAGACUAAAAGAGGAGGUGAAGAGUCUCAGAGGACGAUUAGAGCAGCAAAACGGUCACAAAGAAGAAGCAAGCAGCCCUGAGGUUAAGCUCUGUCCUGACCCUGCAGCCAUGACUCUAACCCAGACGACCUCUGUGCUGAAGAAUGAUCAGACAGCACCAGGGGGUGCCACUACACCAACAGCCACUGUAAAAACUGAGCCUGAACGCAGACUGAGCUUGGCUCAGAGAGAAGAGACACCAGACAAAGCAUCUGAGCAUAAGCUGGUACAGGGGUGGAGUGGAACACCGAAUUUUGAGAUGACUAAGCUGACAAAUCUUGCAACAAGUCAAGCACCAUGGAGAGAGAGGAGAGCAGCUAGCGUGGAGUCCUUGGAUCCUCGUCAGUCCCCCACCACCCUUCCCUUCCCUCCUCAUCUCCGUCUCAUCAAGAACAACUCUUUAUUCUCGCCUCAGCGCUCUGAGGAGCGUCCGGUCGCUGUAUCUGUCCCAUUACGGCCCCAUCCAAUAAAGACAUCACCAGCCACCCUUCCCUGGCGUGUUCCUGAGCAAUCUGAAUGGGUGACGGUGAACUCCGAGAGCAGCAGUAUCAUGGUCCAUUCAAACCUAAAACAUGACUUUAGCCCCACCAUCCUGCGAUUGCCAAGUCUGGUUCCAUCAGAGUGCCGCCCGCCAGUUCAAAGCCUCGUAUUUCCGCGACCCGUCUGCCCACCCACAAUGAGCCUGUGUGAGAGGCUGGACGGCCAAAUCAAGAAAGCAGCAGCAGGCGAUUGGACGAGCUCUCAACCCGAGCGGAUCUUCGGAGAAAAUCUCAGGAAAGGAGAGGAAGAGGCACCGCUGGAUCUGUCUAAUGUUGGAGGCUCCAAAUUGAAAGAAAAAGAGAAAGACUCUGCAUCAUCCUCAUCUUCAUCACCACCUGCUCCACUCUCUUCACCGUCUUCAGCUCAGUAUGCCUCCAGCCCUCAGAGCAAUCCACAAGCAGGAGAUUCUAAAUCACAGAGGGAGGACACUAGCGAGAGGUAUAAAGACGACAGAGAUGCAGAAAAAGAAAAGAAUGAAAAUGUAGAUAUAGAAAACCUGAAGGUCCCCACUCUGACCAUUUCACUCCGUCCAGUUGUGGUCCUGGAGUCACUAAAGUCUGCUGGUCAGAAGGAAGAGGAAAUGGAGCAAGACAGCCAGCUGCAAGACCAGCACAUGGAAGACGAGAGCAAUCAGGGUAUAAUUAGGAAGAGAUCAGGUCAAAUCCCUGAAGCUCUUCCACGGCGCUCAAUUAAGCUAAAGAGAACGAGGAUGACUGUAGUGGCACCAGGGCCCAACAAUGGAGAUUCAGAUCAAGGCUGAAGUCUUUCAGUUUCUGCUUUUUGUUCUUUCUAAGACUCUGAAUGAUGUACAUAAAUCCAAGCUGAUGGGACUCCUGUGCAUCAACGUUGUAUCAGGUGUUUUGGGUCCCUGUACAAUAAAGGAGGACUUUUCUCUGUCUUUAGCACUUUUCAGUAUGUGAUGAGAAAGUAAUCACACAGGAAAGAACAAAUGUCUAAACAUAGCGCUUAGGAGUUUCUGAGGGUCACACUGUUUCACAGGCCAGACACACACACACACACACACACACACACACACACACACACAUCUGCAGCUUCUCUUUUUCAAACAGGGAGUGAAUGGCUUCUCAUUUGGCCCCUUCUAAUGCUGGUACUAAACCUGAAAUCUUACCAGAACAUGUCCUGUUGAAACAUCUGUUUUACUGUCUGUAUGUGUGUCUGCUUCUUUCGUCUUCUUGACACAUACUAAUCCCAUUGAACCCCGUCCCCUUUUCUUUAGUCAGCUGCAACUAUGUUCAGUUCCGUGUCAAGUGUAAUUCACCUUUCUUUCAAGAAGUAAAUUACAUUCA